GGUGCCGUCGGUGCCGCCGCCGAUAUGGCGCGCACGGCCCCUGUGGAGUCCCCGCUGCGGCCUCCUGCGCCCCCCUCGCCGGCCGCGGGUGAGCCCCGCACCUCUGUCGAGGCAGCGGUGGCCCCGCGGAGGGUGCUGUUUGCCGACGAGGCCCUGGGGCUGCCGCUGGCGCAGCUGCGCUGCUACCGGCCGUGGGGCGGGCCCGGGGCGGGCAAGAUGGCGGAGGUGGCCGGGCAAGAUGGCGACGGCGGCGGGGCUGACGAGGACGACGAUGGCGAGGAUGGGGAUGAAGGGGAGGAGGAAGAGGAGGCUUGCCCCGAGCCCUCACCACUGUGCCCCGUCCCCGCUGGCGGGGGGUUUUACGUGGUGCCCACAUUUUCGCUGCCGCCUGCACCGGGCCGUCUGGAGCGCUUGGGGCGCGUCAUGGUGGAGCUGGAGGCGCUGCUGCCGCCUCCCGGAGCGGUCCCCGGGGGUUCCGGGGUGUGGGUGCCUGGGGGGCGCCCGCCGGUGCUGCGCGGGUUGGUGCGCGUGCUGAACCGCUCCUUCGAGAAGGCGGUGCACGUGCGGGCCUCACACGACGGCUGGGCUUCCUUCUGCGACCACCCAGCGCGCUACGUCCCGCGCAGCCCGCCGGUGGCAGGAACGGGAGGACCAGGAACCGGAGAUCCCAUCCUGGAUCCAGGCCUUGGCCUGGUGUCCGGUCAGGUGUACGCCUCCUCGCCCGACGACGGUGGCCGCACUGACCGCUUUGCCUUCCAGCUGCCCUUUGCGGAGGGCGCGGGCGAUGGGGCGCGCCUGGACUUCGUGGUGCGCUAUGAGACCCCCGAGGGCAUUUUCUGGGCCAACAACCACGGCCGCAACUACACAGUUCUGCUCCGGAUCUCACCCGCUCCCUCACCCACUGACGCUGAAGGGCCGCCCCAGCAGCAGCAGCUGCCGCAGCUGGAGCCACAGCCCGAGUCCCAGGGUACCAUGGAGGCUGAGGCCAGGCAGCUGAAGAGCUGCAUGAAGCCGGUGAGGCGCAGGCCUAACGAGGAAGAGCUGAGGAUGAAGAGCUCGGAUGAUAAUACCCCUGCUGUGGCAGAUCAUCUUGAUGUCCAGGAGUCAGUGGGUCCCCUGGUGGCUCCCACUCCUCUCCGUCCAUGGCCACAGAUGACACAUCAGGUUUCUGAAGUUACAGUGACUGGCAGACUCACAGAGGAAGGUGACAUCCCCAGAAACAGUGCAUCUGUGGCUUUCACAGAGGUCCACCAGACACCAGCCAUCAGGAUCCCCCCCUCCUCCUUUCUCUGUGGGCUGGGUGGCUCCCCCAGGGACCAGGCCUCGGGGCCUGAUGCAAGUGAGGGGGCAGCUGGGCCUCUCCUGGAACCUAGUCAGCCACAGGUGGAGGCUGCGUGGGAAGUAUCCAGCGAGAAUGGAGGGGGCCGAAAGGAGCCCAUGGUAGGGGCUAUUAUGGACGAGCCCCCCAGGGGUUUGGAGGCCAUGAGUGGGUUGGAGGAGCUGCUCAGCGAGGACUCCAUUGACCAGGAGCUGGAGCAGCUCUACCUGUCCCACCUGAGCCGCCUGCGGGCUGCUGUGGCUGCAGGUGGGGCAGGAAAUGGCGGGGAGGGCUCCACAGAUGGAGGGGUGUCUCCUAGCCAUCCCCUGGGCAUAUUCACGGACCGCGACCUGAUCUUGAAGUGGCCUGGCCCUGAGCGGGCCCUGAACAGCGCCCUGGCAGAAGAGAUCACACUGCACUAUGCCCGGCUGGGGCGUGGUGUGGAGCUUAUCAAAGACACUGAGGACCCUGAUGAGGAGGGGGAGGGUGAAGAGGGGCUCUCCACAAUACCCUCCAGUCCAGAAGGAGGCACCCCCAAGGAAUCACCUCCGGAAAUCCUCUCUGGGGCCCGUUCUGUGGUAGCUACUAUGGGAGAUGUGUGGCUCCCAUGGGCAGGGGGCUUGGCAUGUGACAGCCCUGUGGUUUUGGGUCCAGAGGGGCAGUUCAAUGGGGCGCCAGAGAAGGGGAUGCGCAAGGACACUGACUCUUUGCACACGAAUAGGGUAAUAUCUGGGGUACCUGGGUUCCCAGGAGGGACAGAAGCCCGGAUGGAGUCCACUGAAUGGGCAGACAGCUUGGUUCCUGUAUCUGGCAAGGAGCCAGCUGUUUCAGGCCCGCAGGAGCAAAAUCUCACCCUCCUUGGCGUCUCAGGGGCUGAAAUUGGUCCUUCCAGCCUGGCCAGGUGCCAUGUGAGUUUCCAGGAUGAAGAGGGUUCAGGCCUAAGCCUUGAGUCCCCAAAGAGGUCUCCCACCUUAGCAGCCCCUGCAGAAUGUGUGUGUGUUUUGUCUCCCCAGCUCUGGGGGCCCUUGACCCAGACUCUGGGAGUCCUGGCUGGCCUGGUAGUGGUCCCUGUGGCUCUGAACAGUGGUAUGUCCCUCCUGGUGCUUGCGCUGUGCCUCUCUCUGGCCUGGUUCUCGUAGGAGCUGCUUGUGGGACCAGCAAUAACAAGUGUCCCUCCCCCCUCUGGGGUUUGGGGAGGGGCAGCCCUUGCACCAUCCCCAGAGGGUUCAUAUGGGAUGUGUGGCCUGUACAGUGAGUGGAUCCUUUACUUCUGAGAAUGCUUGACUGUAGAGAGGCCUCCCCGUCCCUGAGCUCUCCAGUCAGCACAGGGCUCCUGUGGUGAUACCAGUGGAGAGGAACAGGGGACGGGUGGAUAGUGGAAAUGAGAACUUGCAGAAUGGCACUGGGCAUGUCCUCCUCCCCCCUCCACCCCCCUGAGCCUGUAUUUAUUUUUGUAUAAUUCUCUGGAUGAGGGAGAGUGGUCGUGAGCUGGUCUUGGGGCACAAUUACCCAGAGAUAUAUUUAUUAACAGCCAACCUGUGCAACCUGCUGGAGCUUUAUUUUUAAUUUAAUUUAUAUAGAGUACCUAUUAUUAUAUGCCACAAUAGAGCUCUAUGAGAAAUGAUGUGUCUUGCUGUGCAGUGUUCUCCUGUUCAGGAAUGAGUGUGCAGGGUGAUCAUAUGGGAGUGUCACAGUGGGAAGUGGCAUGUGGAAUGUGAGGUGUGGUCAUGCCUGCUGCUGCUGCUGCUGCUUCAACAUGUCAUUGAGGAUCUGUAUUGUCUCACCUUAUUGUCCUAAUACAUGUGGUCUGGUGGUCUUUGGGAGACAGGCCCACAUUCUGUCAGGGAGGGAAGAAGAGUGGCAGCCACAUGAGGGUUUGAUGUCACACAUGUGGUUGCAGUAGUGGAUGUGGUCAGCUGUGGAUGUGGAGACAUUGGUUGUGAAUCAGCCACAAGAUUUUGAAGUUACUUUAAAAAAACAGCCUUUCACACCAACAGGGAGAUCCUUUGGUCUCCAAGACUGGGAAGGCCUCAGAAAGGACAAAGGUGUUAAUGUACUGUGAAAAAUUCAUGCCAGAGUUGCUGUCCACAGACAUUGUAUUUCUAACUCAAAACAGGAAACCUAGAAGCUUUGAAAUAAUGGCUAGAUAUAUUUACAACAUGCAACUUAAAAACGCUGCAGAGCAAAAUAAAACACCAUAUAUUUAUUUACUUUCCUUCACAGCAAAACUUUAUACUAGUUUUUCUUUAGUUAUUCUCCUCCAGAGCUCCAGGGUCACUGGUUGUUAUAUCAAUGUUCUAGUUUCAGACCUUAUCUUACUUGACCUAAUGGCAGCAUUUGACACAGUUGAUCAUCUCAAACUUGAAAUCCUUUCUUCAUUUGGUUUCCAGGACACCACACUCGCCAACUUUUCCUCUUUGCACACAAGCCAUUCUUCUAGAACAGUUCUUGGCACAUAGUAGAUGCUCAAUGAAAUAAAUGAAGGAACAAGCUAAUGCAUGUGAGGAAAUAUAGGCAGGUGGCUAGAGAACUUAUUUAGUCAUUCAUUGGUUGUAAGCUCAAUUCAGUUCCAUAAGUGUUGACUGGUCACCUCUGCUCUGCACUGAAGACAGAUGAAGAAGCUCAGUGUAUGGGGAAAGACACAGAGAAAGAAUUUCAGUGGAGUGUGGUUAGUCCAUUGACAAUGAUGGGUACAGUGGGCUGUGGAGGCUCCAGGAUAGAUGUUUAGCCUAGUGUAGGGAAUCUGGGAGCCUUAGAGGACACGAUGCUUGAAUUGAAUUUUAAAAAUUGAGAAAGAAUCCGCAGUCCAGUCAGAAGGAAUGGCAUUGAAGAGGUCUGGAAGUGGAACACAACUAGUGAAAACAAAUCAGCACACCCAUAUUUCACCUGUCUUUCAAUGAGGAUAUUCUGACUUUGUCAAAUAUCAAAAUCCAGACAUGUGUUUGUGUCCUUCCAUUAAUGUGGUAAUUUGAUCAAUGUUCCAAAAGGCAACUUUAUGCCAAUUACAUUGAACAAUUAGAUAAAAUGGACAAAUUACUACAGACAUAUAUCUUGCCAAAACUGUCUCAAAAAAAGGAAACUCUGGGUAGCCCUGUUAAGUAACAGAACCUGUAGACAAAGGUCUUUCUACACAGAAACUCUGGGCUCAGAUGGGUUCACUGGUGAAACACUCAAGGAAUAAGUAAUUUCAAUUUUACAAAGCAAUUCCAGCCCACCUCGAAUGGCUCAGUCGUGGAGCAUUGACCUAGGAACCAGGAGGUCAUGGUUCGAUUCCCAGUCAGGGCACAUGCCCGGGUUGCUGGCUCAAUCCCCAGUGUGGGGCAUGCAGGAGGCAGCCAGUCAAUGGUUCUCUGUCAUUGUUAAUGUUUCUAUCUCUCUCCCUCUCCCUUCCUCUCUGAAAUCAAUAAAAAGAUAUUUAAAAAAAUCCACAAAGAACAAAAGCAAUUCCAGAGUGUAGAAAAAGAGGGAGCAUUCCUAAUUCAUUUUAUAACCUUGAUACUAAAACCUGAUGAGUGAAAAACAAAUAUUACAGAACAAUCUCAAAAAAAUAGAUGCAAAUAUUUUAAACCAAGUGAUAACUCCCUGUCUUGUCUGUUCAGGCUGACUAGAUGGCUAAUAAACAAAAAUUAUUUCUCACACAUACUAAGGCUGGGAAGUCAAGAUCAAGGUGCCGGCAGUUUUGGUGUAUUGUGAGGGCCAGCUUGUUGGUUCACAGUCAGCUGUCUUCUCACUGUGUCCUUACAGAGUGAGAGGAUGAAAUCAAUAUCUGGAGUCUCUUUUAUAAGGGCACUAAUCCCAUUCAUGAGGGUUCCACCCUCAUGACCUAAUCACCUCCCAAAGGCUUCACCUCCUAAUACCAUCACAUUGGGGAUUAGGUUUCAAUAUAUAAAUUUUGAAGGGACAGAAAUAUUCAGUCUAUAGCACUGCCAAAGUCCAAUACAGAUGUUCUUUGACUUAAUAGGGUUCCUUCCCAAUAAACCCAUCAUAAGUUGAAAGUAUUGUAAGUUGAAAAUGUGUUUAAUACACCUACCCUACCUAACAUCACAGCUUAAUCUAGCCUACAUUAAAUGUGCCAGGAACACUUAGAUUAUCCUACAGUUGGGCAAUUAUCUUGAGUUUUACGCCAAGUAAUUGCCUUCCUCGUCUCACCAGAAGCAGAGGACACAGUUGCGUGUUUUGUAGACAUGAUGGGAUGUUAAAACACAAAACACAAUAUCCAAAAAAUGAUGGUAACACAAGACACUGUAUAGUACUGGUUGUUUAUUCUUGUGAUUUUGUAGCUGACUAGGAGCUUUGGCUCACUGCUGCCCAGCAUCACAAGAGAGUAUCAUACUGCAUAUUGCUAGCCUGGGGAAAGAUCAAAAUUCAAAAUCUGAACACGGUUUCUACUGAAUGUGUAUCGCUUUUGCAUUAUCAUAAAAUCGAAAAAGUUUUAAGUUGAACCAUCAUAAGUCGGGGACCAUUUGUAUAUUAAAAAGUAUAAUAUGACCAAGUUGGAUUUAUUCCAAAAACUGCACUGUGAUUUAACAUUUGAAUUUAAACAGCAUAAUUUGCUCCAUUAGCAAAUUAAACAAGAAAAACCACAACUAUCUUAAUAGAUGUAGAGCAAGCAUGUAAAAUUCAAAGGCUAACCUGGGCCAAAUAAACAAGGUUU